UAACCCCUCAGGUUUGGUUUACUUACACAUGUUCCCUGUUCGUUAUAUCAGUUUCCUGUCUAAAAAAUGGGUCAAGUGGUUAGUUGACCCCUUACAAAAUGGUCUUUUUGCUUUGUGGAACUCUACAAAAAAAAAAAAAGUUUAUGAUCCUUGUGGGACCUACAUAUUCAAAAGAAAUUGCCAACUAGCAUUUGUGAUUCCCUUGCAAAAUAGAAGGGCCUUAUUGCAAUUAAAAGAUUGUUGAAACAAAUAUAGAAAAAACGAGCACAUAUUUGAAACCAGCUGGUUCUUUUCCCUCCAUCUGAUCAAGCUUCUCAAGCAAGAUGGUGUGAAAAAUAGUGCCUUGCAAAAAAUUCUUGUUUUAGUUUGAUAGAUUUCUGGGUGAUCAUCUAUAAGUAACAAUGGCAAAUCUGAUUAUUUACAUUGAGCUUGAACUCAAGGAGGAAAAAUAUUUUAGGGUGAUUAAUUAUUGUCAAAGAAUAUGUUAUAAUGAGUUGGUAGAAGUAUUAUGUCAACGAUGCAAGAUAACAUGUGAUUCGGGCAACAUUAGUUUGAGUUAUAAGCCUAUGAUUUUGGAUAAAACUUGGCAAGAGACACCAUAUGUUCCAUUAGAGGAUGAUUUUGACUUAAAAUCCUAUUUUAUUAUUGUUGAUGAACGAGGUGCUAGGCCCACACUGAAAGUGUGUUUACUUGAGGAUGGGAAGAGAAUAGAAAAGACAAGUGCAGUAAGUUGUGAAAGUGGUGAAAUACAUGUUCUUGUGGGAAGUAAUGGGUGUAACGUGAUCCAAGAGCAUUAUAGUCCUAUAUUUGUGGAAGAAGAACAACCAGUUGAUAAGUUUGUUGAACUUCACUUAGAGUAGAAUGUUAUUCAAGAGCAUUAUAGUCCAAUUUUUGUGGAAGAAGAAGAACAACCAAUUGAUAAGUUUGUCGAACGUCAAUUGGAGCAGAAUGCGAUCCAAGAGCAUUAUAGUCCUAUUUUUGUGGAAGAAGAACAACCAAUUGAUAAGUUUGCCGAACGUUAAUUGGAGCAGAAUGUGACCUCCGAUUAUCAAGUUGUUGAUGAUGAAACAGUGUAUACGGAAGGGGGCUAUCCUAUGGCAGAUGUGGCUUGGGAUGAAAACUUUACAACCAUGCCGAACGACGAGUGUCGCAACGAAGGUAAAUUUAGUGAUCUUUCUGACCUUCAUUUUAGGCAAAUAUUUGCAGACAAAAAGACAGUUUUGAGGAAGUUAAGAAAAAUUGCUCUUACUGCUAAGUUUCAAAUGAAGACAAAGAAGUCUAAUCCUAAGUUGGUUUUUGUAAAAUGCAUUGUUGAAAAGUGCACUUGGUGCGUACGUGUUAUAAAGUUGGCAAAUUCGACGCGCUUUGUUGUCAAAAGGUAUUGUGGUGAACAUAAUUGUGGUAUCAAAAGUGCGCCAAAAUACCAUAAACAAGCUACAUCUGACUUGAUUGCAAACAUGAUGCGCAAAAAUUUUGAUACAUCAGGACACGGGCCAAUACCAAAAGAGAGAAAAACUUUAGUAUAUAAUGAAAUUGGAUGUGAAGUAAGUUACUGGAAAGCUUGGAAAGCAAGACAAAAAGCCCUAGCUAUCAUAAGUGGUACCCCUGAAGAAGGUUAUUCAUUGUUACCGGGGUACUUGCAUAUAUUGGAGCAAACAAAUUCGGGUUCGAGGCCAGACUUAAAGUUAGAUGAGGAUAACAACUUCAAAUAUUGCUUUCUUGCUUAUGGAACAACUAUAGAAGGAUUUUCUCAUAUGAGGAAAGUAAUUUCUGUAGAUAGGACAUUCUCGACUGGAAGAUAUGGUGGUGUACUUAUCUCAGCAUGUGCACAGGAUGGUAAUCAUCAUAUUUUUCCAAUUGCAUUUGCUAUUGUUGACUCGGAGAAUGAUAACUCAUGGACGUAUUUUUUCACGAAGCUUGCUGAAUGUAUUCCUGAUAGUGAUGAUUUGUGCAUUUUAUCAGACAAACAUGUAAGCAUAAAGAAUGUUGUUACUGAUGUGUACAAGCUUGCACAUCACGGAUUUUGCAUGUAUCAUAUUACUAUGAAUUUGCGGUCCAAGUAUGGUGAUUGUGACAUUCUUUAUAAUUUUCAAGAAGCUGCAAAAACAUACACAUUGGAUGAGUUUUCUGUUUAUUUUGAUGCAAUAAUGAAAUCAAGUGUGGAAGCUGGUUGGUAUCUUGAAAAUGAUAUUGGGUUUGAGAAAUGGGCGAGAGCCUAUUUUCCUGGAAAUAGAUACAAUUUGAUGACAACAAAUAUUUCAGAAUCACUCAACGCAGUUUUAAAGGUUCAAAGAAGUUGGCCUAUUGUUUCUGUACUCAAAGCUAUCCAAGAUAAUAUGACCAAGUGGUACGUUGAAUGCAGCGGCAGAGCUCAAAAUAACAUUCAUUUCUUAACCCCUAAAGCUGAGGGGUUGGUUCGGGAUCACUAUGUUGCCUCUUGUUUGCUAGCUCCUACCCGUUUAAACGAACAUGAGUUUCAUGUACGUGGUGAUAUAGAUUGUUUGGGUAAUCUGGAGCAUAAAACAUGUACUUACAAGGUUUUUCAAAUGGAUAAACUCCUAUGUGAGCACGCGAUAGCAGUUUUGAAACUAACCCCAGGCCAAGACAUAUGGGAGGAGAUAUAUAAACUGUGUGAUUCUAAGUACCUGAAUGAUACGUGGAAAAAAUCUCGGGAUAGAACAAUUUAUCCUGUUCCUUAUCCAAAAACAUGGAUGAGACAAUCAGAGGAACAAAGAGUGGUUCAUCAUCCUUCCAUAAAAAUGCCUAUAGGUUGCAAGAGACAGAAUCGUGCUCCUUCAGUUGGCGAGAAUCCAAAGAGGAAGAAGCAACAAAAAAGUUGUUCAAUAUGCAGGCAAACGGGUCACUAUAAGACAAAGUGCCCUAGAAGAUAA